GGAGUACAUAAAUAAGUUCCAGAAAUUAGCUCGAUCGAUCAUCCAUCAUGGCACCUAUUGGGGUGCAAUUGCUUGUCCAAGAUGACCAUGUAAUGAUGGAUAAUGGGAUUGUCCAAGUGACGCUAUCAAAGCCAGACGGAAUCGUGACUGGAAUCCGAUACAAUGGCGUCGAUAACUUGCUUGAAAUUCGUAACGAGGAAUCUAACAGAGGGUACUGGGAUCUUGUUUGGAGUUCAGCUACUACUGGAACAACAGGAACAUUUGAUGUGAUCAAAGGAACAAGCUUUACGGUUAUAAUGCAAAAUGAUGAACAGGUGGAGCUCUCUUUCACAAGAACCUGGGAUCCCUCCCAAGAGGGACAACUCGUACCCUUAAAUAUUGAUAACAGGUUCAUUAUGCUUCGAGGGUGCUCAGGCUUCUACUCCUAUGCCAUUUACGAGCACUUGAAGGACUGGCCUGCUUUCCAGCUUGCAGAAACCAGAAUUGCCUUCAAACUCCGGAAAGACAACUUUCACUAUAUGGCCAUGGCGGACAAUAGGAAAAGAUACAUGCCCUUGCCUGAUGACCGUUUACCACCGAGAGGCCAAGCCCUGGCCUAUCCGGAGGCAGUUCUUCUUGUCAAUCCUGUGGAGCCGGAGUUUAAGGGAGAAAUGGAUGACAAGUACCAAUAUUCAUGUGACAACAAGGAUAGUAAGGUACAUGGGUGGAUAUGCACCAAGCCGCCGGUAGGGUUCUGGCUAAUUACACCAAGCCAAGAGUUCCGAUCUGGUGGACCCUUUAAACAAAACCUCACCUCCCAUGUUGGCCCCACCACCCUUGCGGUGUUUCUAAGCGCACACUACUCUGGAGAAGAUUUGGUGCCAAAAUUUGCAGCUGGUGAGGAAUGGAAGAAAGUCUUUGGGCCAGUUUUUAUGUAUGUUAAUUCUGCAUAUGAAGGAAAUGAUCCACUUUCGUUAUGGGAGGAUGCUAAAUCACAGAUGGUGAUGGAAGUCCAGUGCUGGCCCUACAGCUUCCCAGCAUCUGAGGAUUUUCCCAAGUCACGCCAACGGGGUAAUGUUAGGGGCCGACUACUUAUUCAAGACAGAUACGUUAGCGAUGAUUAUGUAUCCGUCAAUGGUGCAUAUGUUGGGUUAGCCCCGCCAGGAGAUGUUGGAUCGUGGCAAAGAGAGUGCAAGGACUAUCAAUUCUGGACCACAACCGAUGAAGAUGGCUACUUUUACAUCAACGGGGUACGCACGGGCGAUUAUAAUUUGAAUGCAUCAGUCCCUGGUUUUAUUGGAGAUUAUCAUUACGAUGUUGUUAUGACUAUAACCUCAGGUUGUGACAUUGAUAUGGGUGAUCUUGUAUAUAAGCCUCCCAGAGAUGGCCCUACUUUAUGGGAAAUAGGCAUUCCUGAUCGUUCUGCUGCAGAGUUUUAUGUUCCCGACCCUAAUCCGAAGUACAUUAACAAACUUUUUGUCAAUCAUCCUGACAGGUUUAGGCAGUACGGACUGUGGGAAAGAUACUCAGAGUUAUAUUCUGAUCAAGACUUGGUUUAUACCGUAGGUGUCAGUGACUACAGUAAAGACUGGUUCUUUGCUCAGGUUACUAGGAAGAAAGAUGAUAAUAAAUAUCAAGGAACUACUUGGCAAAUUAAAUUCAAACUUGAGAAUGUAGACAAGACUGGUUCCUACAAGCUAAGAGUGGCACUUGCAUCUGCAAAUUAUUCAGAAUUGCAGGUUUGGGUGAACGAUCCAAAGGCAAAUCGCCCUCUAUUCACAAGCGGGAUGAUAGGGAAAGACAACUCAAUAGCAAGGCAUGGAAUCCAUGGGCUUUACUGGCUCUACAAUGUAGACGUACCAAGCUCUCGGCUUGUCGAGGGAGACAAUAUUAUCUAUUUGACGCAACCAAGAAGCACAACAGGCCCUUUCCAGGGUAUUAUGUAUGAUUAUCUUCGCUUAGAAGGUCCCCCAUCUCCAAGCUCCAAAUGAUGACAGAUUACCUGCACUUUGUAUAAUAUUGAAGCAAAGAAAUUUUACUUCUGCUUUAUAAAGUGCAUGACCUGAGAUAGCUUGAUUAAAUAGCAAAAAGCAUGCAUCCUUGGGUGGUUGUCCAUAACUUCUGUGCGUUCCCCAUCUCUAGGCUCAAAUCCCCAGCUAUGCUUCUCCACAAUUCUCUCUUGCCUUUGUUUCAUCAACAUAUAUAUAUAUAUAUAUAUAUAUAUUGGAAAUGAAAGGACAAAAGUAUCAUAUUUUUAAUUAAAAUUACAAUUGGCGAAAACAAUUUCAUUGAAGG